CUGUGGUUCUUCAAUUUCUUUCUUGCUUUGAAGUUUUUAUUUUUUCGAGCUUGUUCUUGCUUUGUUUAAUUUCAUUUUGUGGAAGGAUAUUAUGGAGAAUCCUUUGCAUUUAAAGUCAUUGAAUCACAUAUCAGUAGUCUGUAGAUCUGUUGAAAAAUCUCUUGAUUUUUACCAAAACAUUCUUGGAUUCUUUCCAAUUAGGAGGCCUGGUUCUUUUAAUUUUGAUGGAGCUUGGUUGUUUAAUUAUGGAUUUGGCAUACAUCUUUUGCAAUCUGAGGAUCCAGAGAAAUUGCCAAAGAUUAAAACAAUUAAUCCCAAGGACAAUCACAUUUCCUUCCAGUGUGAGAGUAUGACAACAGUGGAAAAAAGGCUAAAAGAGAUGGAAAUAGAGUACAUUAAGAGCAGAGUUGAAGAAGGUGGAAUCUACGUUGAUCAAUUAUUUUUCCAUGAUCCAGAUGGUAUGAUGAUCGAGAUUUGCAACUGCGAUAACUUGCCGGUGAUUCCACUUUCCGGCGAAACAGUUCUCCGGCCAUGCUCAAAUCUCCAAUGCAGCAUGUAGCAGAACAAAAUUCAACAGCUGGUCUAAGAAAAAAGUUAAAGAAGAGCAUGCAUAUUCAGUGAGUGCAGGUUUGUUGAUAAAGAGGAGGAAGAGAGAUUCUCAAUUUUAACUUGGGAUGUCUGCUUUUUGGUCUUGUUAAUUCUGUUUAUUUGAAAGUGUUAAGGCUUCAAUAAUCUACAUUUUAUUCCCAAGGUACCAUGUACUACUAUCUAAGUGUGCGUAUAUAUAUAUAUAUAUAUCAUUCCAAGAUUAUGGAGUUCAAAAA